AUGGGCAAUACUUCAGGUGGACACAAGCGUAGAUCUUCGUUGGAAGAGGACCUAUCCAGUGGAAACGCUGUGAAACGACAAAUGUUUCAUGAGUCGCAGGAUUAUCCCGGUGAUGAUUCGGUUAUCAGCAUCCUCACGGAAGGAGUAGCUAUCGACGCUAUUGCUGAACAACUGCGUGACUCGCGGCUAUGUUCUUUGGGAGAUAAAGGUAUGCUUUAUGUUGGUGGGGGCAUGGAUGGUGUUGAGGAUAAUGUGCCCCAAAAUGUUCCCACCGUUUUCAAGUGGGAGGGUGGCGGCAAAGAUGUCUACAUUAGUGGGACUUUCAACGGCUGGAAAUCCAAAAUCCCCAUGGUUCGCAGUUCAAGCAAGCACAAUUUCUACACCAUUGUCGACCUUCCUCUUGGUGAACAUCAGUACAAGUUUAUUGUGGAUGGACAGUGGAAGCUGGAUCAGAACCAGCCAGUGAUGGCAAGCGCUACUGGAAUCCAAAAUAACGUCAUCCAGGUGCGCGAGUCUGACUUUGACGUACUCACUGCAUUAUCCUACGACAUGGCCAGCUCUCGUGGAGGGACUGGUGGUGAUGAAUCUACAAAUACCAUGGGCUCAACGGCCACAUCAGGCACUCCUCAGCGGGGCGAGACUGGGACCCACCAUGAAGUUGGUCCUGUCGAUUCCGAUAGCUUCUUGAUGGGUGGUAGCUCUCCGCCGGGUGACUAUGGUCGCUUUAUUCCGCCAAACCUCUCGGCAGCGGUGCAAGCUAGCACUGGUCCAACGCACCAUAGCCCCCACUCCUCAAGUGACCCAAAGAAAAUGCCCACUCCUCCACUGUUGCCUCCUCAACUGUUGCAGGUUAUCCUAAAUCGUGACACAAACGUACAAUGUGACCCCAACUUGCUCCCCCAACCAGAUCACGUGAUGGUGAACCACAUGUACGCCCUUUCGAUCAAAGAUGGCGUCAUUGUACUGUCGGCCAUCACACGCUACCGCCAAAAGUUCGUCUCUACCGUACUGUACAAACCAAUCUGAUCAAUACUCACUCACUUCGGAUUUUGCACAGCCUUCCUCGCUCCUAUUCAUCGCGCCACACACAAGUUUAUCACCAUCCGCUGUUCCACGCAACACUCACUCAUCUCUUGUCCCCCCCCCGCCUCCAUGUUAACUUGUUUCAACUGGCUUAACUACUAUUUUUAAGGUGCCAUUGCACUGUCGUGCUCUUUUCUCGCUAUGUCAGGGCCACUUGAUUGUCACCUGCCUUCUCUCUAUCCUUCUGCCCAACCUGUAUCCAGAGUUGUGUCCAAUAUGUGGCUGGAUCGCUUCAUCGUUCACAUACGCUGUCACCACCUCAUUCUGCUGCUGGUGGUGGGGGUUCUAGCGAGUCGAUACUAGACCUAGUUUAUUCCUUUCUUAUUUUUUUUAAACAGUAUUAGUGAUUUGUCCCCGCAAUAGCCGCGUUACUUGUUGUUAUAUUUCUCUAUUAUUUGUUGCCUUCCUCCUCAUCACCUCUUGAUUGGAUUAGGUGCUCUGGUGGACGCCAAAACCCGCACUCACGUUCAAAUAAAUUGUUCAAAAUUUUGUGGGCA